AUGCACGACGACACUUCAGUCAAGGUGGAGCAAUGCGGCUCCAAACAUGAGGGACGCUGUCGCGACAAGACAAAGUCGUUGAAGCUGAAGGUCAUAGCGAUGUUUGGUAAAGGAUUUUGCCUUAGGCGUCAUAAUUGCUAUCGGUUACAUGUACAUUAUGCCCAACUCCUUUCAAUAUCUUAUGUCGGACUGCCUAUCGGAACAACCGUGACGGAAGUUUCCAUUACCACCUUCAUUGUCAUGAUCUCCGCGAUCCUCACUCUCGCCAUUAAUUCAUAUUCCAUCAGUUUCUUUAAGAAGAAGCUCACUGCCAUUACCGUUAACGGUUCCAGUUCUCUUGAAACCGGAGAGGUAAAGGAAGCAUAA